GAAGCCUCUCUGGUUAGAGGAAGCGACACAUCCAUUACCAAACCGGCACCAUGCACCUAACCCCUGGAGGAGCACCCGACUGGUGUCCUGACCCCAGAGUCCUCAAGGUGACAGUCGGGGGCCACUGUGUCCACCGGGAACCCAAAACCAAAGUCAGCAAAGGAUCUCGAAGAUCACUGGUUUUCCUGGACUUUCUGUGCCUGUGUGUGGUCUCCAUCCCCUUCCUGAUCUGUGAGUUGGGUUUGGUCCCUCCGGUCCAUCGUGGGUUCUUCUGUGAUGAUGUCAGUAUACGGUUCCCAUCUACUCGGGAGGAGACUGUGAGUGACACCAUGCUGAUCAGCCUGGGCAUCCUCAUCACCGGGGUGACGAUUGUAUUUGGAGAGUGUCACCGGGUCAGCAGGCAGCGGAGAUCAGAUUCCUGUCCCAGAGAAGGCUACCUGUCCAGCAUUUACCGCCAGGUGCUUCCCUUCCUAUUUGGAUCUGCUAUCGGACAGUCACUGACUAAUGCAGCCAAGCUGAGUGCAGGUCGUCUGAGGCCAAACUUCCUCUCAGUGUGUCAACCAGAAGCGCUGAAUUGUACCACCGGCUAUGUGGAGGACUAUACGUGUACGGGAAACCCAAGCGCUGUGAUGGAGGCCAGGAAAUCCUUCUAUUCGGGUCACGCAUCCUUCGCGCUGUACUCCAUGUUGUACCUCUCGUUUUACCUGCAGGCACGGUUCACCUGGCGAGGGGCCCGGCUCUUACGCCCCCUAGUUCAGUUUGUCUUGGUUCUCGUGGCCUUGUAUACGGGAUUCACUCGGAUAUCGGACUACAGGCACCAUCCAUCUGAUGUCGCUGUUGGGUUCCUGCAGGGGGCGCUGGUCGCUUACUGGGUGGCUUUCUACAUUUCCGACAUGUUUCGGACAAAAGGCUUACAGCCGGUUUCCGUCCCCCCGCGGCCUGACAGCCCAGAGACCACAGCCCAAUUCACCAAUUGUUAGGUGCCAAGAUAAAUGUCAGAGGAAAAGAGACAAAGCAAGUGACGGAGAGAAAUGUCCCUGCGGGACCUGUAAGACUCCACAGACCUGGACUGUGCCCGUAAUCCUAUCAAUCUGCGGGACCUGUAAGACUCCACAGACCUGGACUGUGCCCGUAAUCCUAUCAAUCUGCGGGAUCUGUAAGACUCCACAGACCUGGACUG